AUGUAUGAUAUCAAAAAUCAAUUUGCGGAAAGCUAUUUUAAAAUCGUUGAUUAUUGCAAGGCUUACCUACAUCCAAACCACUACAAUGAACACGAGUUUGAUGUUGCUCCUCCUAUAGAGUACUUCUUACCCAAAAAUAGAAUAAGACUCAGAAGUAACAAGAAGCCGAAGUACCAAUCACCAUUGGAAAUGGGCAAUAGUCCUUACAAAGAACCCAUUCGUAAACCCAGGGAGAGAACUGAAACAAAGGCCACUACCCAGAGGGUACCGUCACCUGUAUUCUCUGAAUUUUCACAAAUUAUCAAGACAAGUUCAGACGAGACUGGGAAUUUGGUACAAAAUGAGCCUGAGGAUGAACAUGAUAUUUUGGAACAUGAUUCAUCUCUAUCUAGGCAGCCAUCCUUCAUAUUUUCCCCCUUGAAUUUGACCUCUGGCCUUGACAAUGGGAAUUUACGUAGUUCCAACACCGAAGAUAUCGAACUUCCAUAUACUCAUAAUAUAGUAGUAGAAAAAACUCAUCAAAAAUUGAACCAACAACCAUCUUCUGGAUCCUUAAAUAACGGUAACAAUGUGAUAGAUUCAAAAAUUGAUUUCAAAGGGUCAGAUUCCUCUAAAGAACAUUUACAACAUCCAGAAAUUGAAGGAGGGGAACGAUCUGAAUUUGAAAUUGUCUCGGCACUCAUAACUAAUCUUACUACCUUGAUUGGAGUGUCUAAGACUUGCUCAAAUUUCUCAAACCAUAUAGAAAACAUUUUCAUGGACUUGAGACUAAACUUGAAGAAUCUGCCGUGGGACAGAAUUAGCUCUAUAACCCUUGAUGUCAUGGGUAAAUCCAUCAGGCAGGCAAGGCACACAUUUAACGACAUUGAAAACCUCAAUCAGUUUUUCGAUAACAAACAGAGGCUUGCAGCAAAGGAAGAUAUAAUAGAACAGAAGUAUUGUGAAUUUAUCUGCAUAUUGACCGAUUUGGAAGAAGAAAUAGAAAGUCUUUUGUUAUCCAUUAACGAAAUUCCCCAAUCAAAUGACAAAUUACCACUUUCCUCUAAUCUGUAUUCAAUGUUAUAA